AUGGACCACACCGAGUUCGCCGUAUCGCCCUUCAUCGUGGCCACCGAGACCGACGGCGGCCUCGUCCUCCUAUGCGUCGUCCCCGGUAAGCGUCCAACCGAUGCCCAGCUUCUCCGAAAUCGCCAAUACUUCGUCUACGACGCCUGCUACUGCCAACUUUACCACCUCCCGCACCCUGGCCCACAACACGAAAUCAACGGCUUCUCGCUCGCCAUCAUGCGCGAGCCCAACAAAGGCACCGGCACCGGCAACCUACGCCCCCAUGGACAGGCAGAGUUCGGUCACUUCGUCGUUGCCGCACAAGCUCACUUAUUCUGGGGUAAAAAAUCUCCUCAGCUCUGCAUCUAUCACUCUGCUACCAAGACCUGGAGCAAGAAGCCGGUGGUGAUAGAUUCAUCUCCACAAAAACACUCUACAACCAAGACAUUCACCAUUGGAGGACCCAAGGGCACCGUGGCCUGGGUGGAUCUCUGGCGCAACAUCAUCUUCUGCGACGUGCUCGCCGGACGCCCCACGCUCAGCUGCCUGAAUCUGCCACCGCCCCUCAGGCCCCGCCCCAACGUGGGCGCUGGCAAUCCAAGGUCUCAUCGCAACAUUGCGGUCCUUGGCAACACCAUCAAGUAUGUCGAGAUGCUGCCUCACCCCGACAGAAGCUCCUCUACGCCCCCCUCCCAUCGUUGGGAGGUCGUGGCAUGGAGCAUCCAGAAGGCAAAUCGGUCCUGGCCCGAGGACUGGCACACCGAAGGCAACCUCGAUUCCACCCAUAUAAAGGUUGAUUCUGGUACCACAGCGGCUACCCUCCCAACCUUGUCGACUCUCCACGUUGGCCUGCCCACCCUCAGCCUGCAGAAUGAUGCCAUUUUUCACUUCCUCGCCAAGAUUGACUACCGCCAAAGCGAACACACAACUUGGGUGCUUGCUGUUGACAUGCAGACCAAGACUAUCACGCAAGCGGCCGAGUUUCGCGCCGAGAGGACUCUUGGUUUAGCCUGGGGCUUCGACGCAAGUAGCAUCUCGGCAUAUCUCCAAACUGCUCCAGGUACACAGCAAAUACCUAAACGACCAGGGGUGCCGUUGCUGAAAUCACCUAGCAAGAAGCAUACUGGAGAUGUUGACGCCAUGGUGGCGUGA